AACCAAAUUCCAAUUGAAAUGAAAUCUUUAGGAUAAAUCAAUGCAAUUUAGGAGGAAUCAAUGAAAGGACAUCAAUUCAAAUCCUGGAUUUUCGAAUUGAGAGAAAUAGUGAGAGAGAUCAAGAAUUCUCACUAUUUCUUAGAUUCAUGGACCCAAAUCAAUUCAGUGGGAUCUUUCAUUCAUAUUUUUUUCCACCAAGAACGUUUUAGAAAACUCUUGGACCCUCGAAUUUUUAGUAUCCUACUUUUGCGCAAUUCACAGGGUUCAACAAGCAAUCGAUAUUUCACGAUCAAGGGUGUAGUACUAUUUGUAGUAGCGGCCCUUCUAUAUCGUAUUAACAAUCGAAAUAUGGUCGAAAGCAAAAAUCUCUAUUUGAAAGGGCUUCUUCCUAUACCUAUGAAUUCCAUUGGACCCAGAAAUGAUACAUCGGAAGAAUCUUUUGGGUCUUCCAAUAUCAAUAGGUUGAUUGUUUCGCUCCUGUAUUUUACAAAAGGAAAAAAGAUCUCUGAGAGCUGUUUCCGGGAUCCGAAAGAGAGUACUCGGGUUCUCCCAAUAACUAAAAAGUGUAUCAUGCCUGAAUCUAACUGGAGUUCGCGGUGGUGGAGGAACUGGAUCGGAAAAAAGAGGGAUUUUUGUUGUAAGAUAUCUAAUGAAACCGUCGCUGGAAUUGAUAUCUCAUUUAAAGAGAAAGAUAUCAAAUAUCUGGAGUUUCUUUUUGUAUAUUAUAUGGAUGAUCCGAUCCGCAAGGGCCAUGAUUGGGAAUUGUUUGAUCGUCUUUCUCCGAAUAAGAGGCGAAACAUAAUCAACUUGAAUUCGGGACAGCUAUUCGAAAUCUUAGUGAAAGACUGGAUUUGUUAUCUCAUGUUUGCUUUUCGUGAAAAAAUACCAAUUGAAGUGGAGGGUUUCUUCAAACAACAAGGAGCUGGGUCAACUAUUCAAUCAAAUGAUAUUGAGCAUGUUUCCCAUCUCUUCUCGAGAAACAAGCGGGCUAUUUCUUUGCAAAAUUGUGCUCAAUUUCAUAUGUGGCAAUUCCACCAAGAUCUCUUCGUUAGUUGGGGGAAGAAUCCGCACGAAUCGGAUUUUUUGAGGAAAAUAUCGAGAGAGAAUUGGAUUUGGUUAGACAAUGUGUGGUUGGUAAACAAGGAUAGAUUUUUUAGCAAGGUACGAAAUGUAUCGUCAAAUAUUCAAUAUGAUUCUACAAGAUCUAGUUUCGUUCAAGUAACGGAUUCUAGCCAAUUGAACGGAUCUUCUGAUCAAUUCAUAGAUCCUUUCGAUUCCAUUAGUAAUGAGGAUUCGGAAUAUCACUAUCACACAUUGAUCAAUCAAAGAGAGAUUCAACAACUAAAAGAAAGAUCGAUUCUUUGGGAUCCUUCCUUUAUUCAAACGGAAGGAAGAGAGAUAGAAUCAGACCGAUUCCCUAAAUACCUUUCUGGAUAUUCCUCAAUGCCCCGGCUAUUCACGGAACGUGAAAAGCGAAUGAAUAAUCAUCUGCUUCCGGAAGAAAGCGAAGAAUUUUUUUGGAAUUCUACAAGAGCCAUUCGUUCUUUUUUCUCUGACAGAUGGUCAGAACUUCAUCUGGGUUCGAAUCCUACUGAGAGGUCCACUAGGGAUCAGAAAUUGUUGAAGAAAGAACAAGAUGUUUCUUUUGUCCCUUCCAGGCGAUCGGAAAAUAAAGAAAUAGUUAAUAUAUUCAAGAUAAUUACGUAUUUACAAAAUACCGUCUCAAUUCAUCCUAUUUCAUCAGAUCUGGGAUGUGAUACGGUUCCGAAGGAUGAACUGGAUAUGGACAGUUCCAAUAAGAUUUCAUUCUUGAACAAAAAUCCAUUUUUUUAUUUAUUUCAUCUAUUCCAUGAACGGAAGAGGGGGGGAUACACGUUACGCCACGAUUUUGAGUCAGAAGAGAGAUUUCAAGAAAUGGCAGAUCUAUUCACUCUAUCAAUAACCGAGCCGGAUCUGGUGUAUCAUAAGGGAUUUGCCUUUUCUAUUGAUUCCUACGGAUUGGAUCAAAGACAAUUCUUGAAGGAGGUUUUCAACUCCAGGGAUGAAUUGAAAAAGAAAUCUUUAUUGGUUCUACCUCCUAUUUUUUAUGAAGAAAAUGAAUCUUUUUAUCGAAGGAUCAGAAAAAAUUGGGUCCGGAUCUCCUGCGGGAAUUUUUUUGAAGAUCCAAAACCAAAAAGAGUGGUAUUUGCUAGCAACAACAUAAUGGAGGCAGUCAAUCAAUAUAGAUUGAUCCGAAAUCUGAUUCAAAUCCAAUUCCAAUAUAGUCCCUAUGGGUACAUAAGAAAUGUAUUGAAUCGAUUCUUUUUAAUGAAGAGACCUGAUCGCAACUUCGAAUAUGGAAUUCAAAGGGAUCUAAUAGGAAAUGAUACUCUGAAUCAUAGAACUAUAAUGAAAGAUACGAUCAACCAACAUUUAUCGAAUUUGAAAAAGAGUCAGAAGAAAUGGUUCGAUCCUCUUAUUUUUCUUUCUCGAACCGAGAGAUCCAUAAAUCGGGAUCCUAAUGCAUAUAGAUACAAAUGGUCCAAUGGGAGCAAGAAUUUCCAGGAGCAUUUGAAACAUUUCGUUUCUGAGCGGAAGAGCCGUUUUCAAGUAGUGUUCGAUCGAUUAUGUAUUAAUCAAUAUUCGAUUGAUUGGUCUGAGGUUAUUGAUAAAAAAGAUUUGUCUAAGUCACUUCGUUUCUUUUUGUCCAAGUUACUUCGUUUUUUGUCCAAGUUACUUCUCUUUUUGUCUAACUCACUUCCUUUUUUCUUUGUGAGUUUCGAGAAUAUCCCCAUUCAUAGGUCUGAGAUCCACAUCUAUGAAUUGAAAGGUCCGAACGAUCAACCCUGCAAUCAGUUGUUAGAAUCAAUAGGUCUUCAAAUCGUUCAUUUUAAAAAAUUGAAACCCUUUUUAUUGGAUGAUCAUAAUACUUCUCAAAAAUCGAAAUUCUUGAUCAAUGGAGGAACAAUAUCACCAUUUUUGUUCAAUAAGAUACCAAAGUGGAUGAUUGACUCAUUCCAUACUAGAAAGAAUCGCAGGAAAUCUUUUGAUAACACGGAUUCCUAUUUCUCAAUCGUAUCCCACGAUCAAGACAAUUGGCUGAAUCCCGUGAAACCAUUUCAGAGAAGUUCAUUGAUAUCUUCUUUUUCUAAAGCAAAUCGACUUCGAUUCUUGAAUAAUCCACAUCACUUCUGCUUCUAUUGUAACAAAAGAUUCCCUUUUUAUGUGGAAAAGGCCCGUCUCAAUAAUUCUGAUUUUACGUAUGGACAAUUCCUCACUAUCUUGUUCAUUCACAACAAAAUAUUUUCUUCGUGUGGUGGUAAAAAAAAACAUGCUUUUUUGGAGAGAGAUACUAUUUCACCUUCGUCAAUCGAGUCACAGGUAUCUAACAUAUUCAUAUCUAACGAUUUUCCACAAAGUGGUGACGAAAGGUAUAACUUGUACAAAUCUUUCCAUUUUCCAAUUCGAUCCGAUCCAUUAGUUCGUAGAGCUAUUUACUCGAUUGCAGACAUUUCUGGAACACCUCUAAUAGAGGGACAAAGAGUAAAUUUGGAAAGAACGUAUUGUCAAACUCUUUCAGAUAUGAAUCUAUCCGAUUCAGAAGAGAAGAGCUUGCAUCAGUAUCUCAAUUUCAAUUCAAACGUGGGUUUGAUUCACACUCCAUGUUCUGAGAAAUAUUUACAGAGGAAAAAACGGAGUCUUUGCCUAAAAAAAUGCGUUGACAAAGGGCAGAUGGAUAGAACCUUUCAACGAGAUAGUGCUUUUUCAACUCUCUCAAAAUGGAAUCUAUUCCAAACAUAUAUGCCAUGGUUCUUUACUUCGACAGGGUACAAAUAUCUAAAUUUGAUAUUUUUAGAUAUUUUUUCAGACCUAUUGCGGAUACUAAGUAGCAGUCAAAAAUUUGUAUCCAUUUUUCAUGAUAUUAUGUAUGGAUUAGAUAUAUCAUGGCGAAUUCUUCAGAAAAAAUUGUGUCUUCCACAAAGGAAUCUGAUAAGUGAGAUUUCGAGUAAGUCUUUACAUAAUCUUCUUCUGUCCGAAGAAAUGAUUCAUCGAAAUAAUGAGUCAUCGUUGAUAUCGACACAUCUGAGAUCGCCAAAUGUUCGUGAGGUCCUCUAUUCAAUCCUUUUCCUUCUUCUUGUUGCUGGAUAUAUCGUUCGUACACAUCUUCUCUUUGUUUCCCGAGCCUAUAGUGAGUUACAGACAGAGUUCGAAAAGAUCAAAUCUUUGAUGAUUCCAUCAUACAUGAUUGAGUUGCGAAAACUUCUGGAUAGGUAUCCUACAUCUGAACAGAAUUCUUUCUGGUUAAAGAAUCUUUUUCUAGUUGCUCUGGAACAAUUAGGAGAUUGUCUAGAAGAAAUACGGGGUUCUGGCGGCAACAUGCUAUGGGGUGGUGAUCCCGCUUAUGGGGUCAAAUCAAUACGUUCUAAGAAGACAGAUUUGAAAAUAAACUUCAUCGAUAUCAUCGAUCUCAUAAGUAUCAUACCAAAUCCCAUCAAUCGAAUCACUUUUUCGAGAAAUACGAGACAUCUAAGUCAUACAAGUAAAGACAUCUAUUCAUUGAUAAGAAAAAGAAAAAACGUGAGCGGUGAUUGGAUUGAUGAUAAAAUAGAAUCCUGGGUCGCGAACAGUGAUUCGAUUGAUGAUAAAGAAAGAGAAUUCUUGGUUCAGUUCUCCACCUUAAGGGCAGAAAAAAGGAUUGAUCAAAUUCUAUUGAGUCUGACUCAUAGUGAUCAUUUAUCAAAGAAUGACUCUGGUUAUCAAAUGAUUGAACAACCGGGAACAAUUUACUUACGAUACUUAGUUGACAUUCAUAAAAAGUAUCUAAUGAAUUAUGAGUUCAAUACAUCCUGUUUAGCAGAAAGACGGAUAUUCCUUGCUCAUUAUCAGACAAUCACUUAUUCACAAACUUCGUGUGGGGCUAAUAGUUUUCAUUUCCCGUCUCAUGGAAAACCCUUUUCGCUCCGCUUAGCCCUAUCCCCCUCUAGGAGUAUUUUAGUGAUAGGUUCUAUAGGAACCGGACG